GCUAACUCGUUAGCUAGCUAGCAAGCUAGCGUCUUCGUUGUGUGGCCAACACGGCUUGUUAUUAGCCACACGGCCAACGAAUGAGCGCAUCAGUUUAAAACAUUACCUGUUUCAGUUUUUUCUCAAUAGUAACUCCAGUCGUAUGGACAUUCACGUUCAGUGGAGCAGAAGCAGACAAAACACCGAUGAGAUUGCCAUUAUGUCUGGUGAGGAUGACAAACAUCAUGUGACUCGUUCGUCACGUGACCAAGGACAGCUCCACCAAACUUGCUGCUUUACUUCCGAGUAGGAUAAAAUGUUACUAGCGCAGCUUCAGUGUCCCAGGCAAGGCGAUGAUGAUGGCAUUAAAUGUUCUAAAACCAGUAUGUCGAGAGCCGCCAAUGGAGUAAAAAUGCACCCCAUCGAGAUGUGAAUGAUUAGCCCGGCGCAAGUGUGUUUAAAUGCAGAGCUCACCGGGACACACCUCGGUUACUAUUGAAGAUGUCAGGUGGUAAUCUGUUGAGCAAGGUGCGCUCCGCUUUCAGGAGGGAGCGGGACGACUGGGAUCUGAGUGACACUGCUCCCUUUGACUUUUCCGACGAGCUGGUGGAGGAUGAGACGCCCAAAUUCAACAAGCUGAAGGUGGUGGUCUCCGGCGAAAUGUCGGAUUACUCCGCCGGGGCUCCGUCCAACGGGGUGGCGGUUAACACGCUGGUGGUGGCGGCGGGUCAUCAGCGUGAUGAUGACGAUGACUCCCUGCUGGACUCUUCCUCCAGCUUGGGCAGCCCGGGUUUAAACAUGGAUCCAUGUGACAGCUGCACCAAGAAGAGGGAGACGAUCAAGCAGAGGAGAGUGAUGAAGAGACUGGUCAUUGCAGCUGUGCUGUAUUUUCUUUUCAUGGCGGCCGAAAUUAUAGGUGGCUAUGUGUCUAACAGCUUAGCCAUUAUGACUGAUGCUGUGCACAUGCUGACAGACGUGGUGGGCAUCCUGUUUUCUCUGCUGGCUCUGUGGCUCUCCACUAAACCGCCUACCAAGAGAUUCACCUUUGGACUGCAUCGCCUUGAGGUGGUAUCAGCUGUCCUCAGUGUGGCGCUCAUCUACAUCCUGACGGCCAUACUGCUCUUUGAGGCGGUUCAGAGAACGUUACAUCAAGACUUCGAUAUCGAUGGUGACGUCAUGCUCAUUACAGCAGCUGUGGGUGUGGCGGUCAACAUCAUAAUGGGCUUCUUAUUAAACCAAGGUGGUCACCUUCACACUCAUGGCCAUGGUCACUCUCAUGGCCUGAGUCAUUCCCAUGGCCCCGCAACUGUGUCGGGGUCGCAGUGUGCAGGGUCUGAACAGAACCAAAGGUCACAUGGCAGUCUGGCUGUCCGAGCUGCCUUCAUACACGCUUUGGGCGAUCUCCUUCAAAGCGUCGGGGUUCUCAUAGCUGCCUACAUUGUCCGCUUUAAGCCCGAGUACAAACUGGCAGACCCCAUCUGUACGUACAUCUUCUCCGUUCUCGUUCUCUUCACCACAGUCCGCAUUAUACGCGACACAACAAUCAUCGUGCUGGAGGGUGUCCCCAGACAUCUAGACACUGUGCAGAUUAAAGACGAUCUCCUGAAGCUGGAGGACGUUCAGUCUGUGGAUGAGUUGAAUGUUUGGGCGCUGACUACCGAUAAGACUUCAGCACUUGUGCAUCUUCGGCUAGCGCCCUCCAGUGCCAGCAACUGGGAAGACGUCCAGGCUAAGGCCCGUCACCUGCUGCUUCACACUUACGGCGUGACCAGAUGCACAGUGCAGGUCCAGACGCACAGACAGAGGCCAGUGCGCACUUGUGCACAAUGUCAGCAGCCGAGUGCUUGAAGACAUAUUCCUACAUUCACUUCCUCUUCAUACAUUUCCAUGGAUCUACAUGGCAUCAAGGAGUCAAGAAGUGGCUGUUGUACCUCUCUCACAGGUCAUUGGCAGUGCAGCAACCGUGAGUGGUGCUAAAAGUAACCUGAAGAGCGGAUCAAUAACAGUAAUGUGAUGUCAGGAUUACUGCAACCUGUGGGGACUGAAUGCUCUGCAAUGUACAAUUAAGGAACAUGAAAACUUAAUUCACCAUCAAGGCCUGUUCGAUCGUAUUUUACUUUUUGAUUUAUGGUGACCGGCACCGCCUCAUCUUAAGCAACUUUUAGUUUUAACGUGUUUUGUAGACUUAUUUUGCCAGGAAUGUACACACAAUGCUCACUGACUCAUUCUAUUGUACUUAUGUUUUUAGACAUUAACCAAAGUCACUUUUCUAUUAAUGACACUGUAGAAGUAGAUUUGGUUAUGCUGACCCACACAAUAAUUUCAAAUAAUUUAUGCUGACAACUCUUGAAAAUGACACCAGAGUCGUGACUGACAACAGUAUGGCUGAGUAUGGUAAAGGCUGUUGUACCUCAGUGGUGACUGAGUGUUCUAGUAUUGUAGUACUGAGUGGACUUUCCUGCAGUAUUUCAAAGCAAACAAUGCUGUUAAGACAUUUUGAGGAAGGUCUCCUCUUUGAUGGCACUUAGUAAUCAUAUAAACCUAAAUCACUGCUUUUAUUUGUAAUAAAAGUAUUUUAUUUUUUGUUUUCA